GAGCCAAUUGGAAUGCCGCUCCACCCGGGUCUUCGUUCUGUGUGCGUUGGAUGACUGUAAUGUUUUUGAUGUAGUGUCGUGUGAGGUGUUUUGUAGACGUAAUAUUUGGAAGCUGUUUCCAAACAUUGAGAAAUGGCGGGGACUUCGUACACGGUUUCGCUCCGAGGAGGUGGCCCGUGGGGUUUUCGACUGCAAGGUGGCAAAGAUUUUGGCAGUCCUUUGGCUAUUUCGAAGGUUACACCAGGUUCUAAAGCUGAUGUAGUUGGAAUAAAAUCAGGGGAUUAUAUUCUUGAAGUAAAUGGAGGUACAACAGAGAACAUGAGUCAUUUCGAAGCUCAGGAUUCUGUAAGGAGGGCUGGGCAGAAUUUAGACUUACUGCUUCAAAGGAAAGAGGGGACUAAAUCAGUUGUAGUGACAGAAACUGUACACUCCGCAAAGGUGGAUCACAAAUUUAAUGCAAGAGCCAAACCUUUUGGUGCAUCAUCACCUCCACCUUCAUCUCAUGCCCCACAGCCAUCAGCUCCAACAGCUGUCCACACAUCCCCAGUAGGUAGCACAACCUGGCAGCCCCCAACAUUCCAAGCUCAGCAUGCUCCUGUUGCAAAAACUGGACCAGUGGGAUUGUCAGGUCCUCCAGCUCCUCCUCCGCCUCCUAAUCCAGCUCCGCCUCCUAAUCCAGCUACUUAUGCCAGAGAAAGUGCUGAUCACCUAGACAGUGGAGUUUCAAGACCAAGCCAUGAUGACAGAGAUCUUGCUCAGCGUUUUAAACUGGAUAUCAGCGAGGAUGGUGACGUGGGCUUUGCAGAUGAACCACCAACUUGGGGUCAUCCACCAGAUCCCAAAGUUCAGUCCAAGUCUUUCAAGAGACUUCAGAAACAUCUGCAGCAAGCUGAUGAGGAUGAUCUACCUCCACCUCCCCCUGAGGCUUAUGAUGUCCCUGAAGAGGAUGCAGAAAAGCAUGUGCAGUCAAGAACUUUCAAAAUGCUUCAGGAUGUCGUGGAAGGAGGAGAUGCUCCAGGGAGUGUCUUUGACAGGCAGAAGUCAGAUCGCUCUAAGCCUUCCAACACUCCACUACCCAAAAUGUACAGACCUAGUCCACCUGUUAUUAAACCUGCCCGUGAUAUGCCAGUUGCUCCACCUGCACCAGUUAUGGCCAGGCCUGGCCAACCUGCGCCUGUUGCAUUGCCAGGGAUGGUUCAGAUGAACCAGCCACCUGAGCCAGUCCGGCAUCCAACACAGAAGCUUCCAUCAUCUGCCUCUCCUGCAGCAGUCUCUCCUACAUCAUCCCCUGGGCAGCCUGAAUGGAAGAGAACGCCUUCAAAGCCCCCUUCUGCACACUCAGUGGAGGAGACCAGAACACCUUUCUGCGAUGCAUGUGGAGAGGAAGUUUUUGGACCUUUUGUGAGUGCAAUUGGUAAAGCGUGGCAUCCGCAUCAUUUUGUGUGUGAUGGAUGUGGUGAUUCGCUACAGAACCAGGGCUUCAUUGAGGAAGGCGGAAAACUUUACUGUGAAAAAGACUUCAAUAAGUUCUUUGCUCCUCAUUGUGAAACUUGUAAGCAGCCUAUAGUUGGGCCAAAGAGCCUGCAUUCAUGCCCCCCAGCGGUUCCUCCACCGUCAAGUGCGAUGCUUAAGGCAAUACGCGAGGGUUCCAUGAAUUCCAAAAAUCCAGCAGAAGUCGCCGCAAAAUCGAAAAACAAACGAUUUAACAAUGCGUUAACUUUAAAGAAGGAACCGGAGGAAAACCAGGCUAAAUUGACGAAUGGCUUUCAGUCAAGUUAUCCAACACCUGUCUAUGGAGUGAGUUGUCUUCAAAAAAGAACCUCCUCUGAUAGUAAGAACAGUUUGCCGGCCUCCUCGGGAAUUUCAAAUACCUCCAAGGUUGAAACUUUAAACAAUACUCGCGCAGAACCUGGUGUGGGGUCGAUACGGGAGAAAGUCGUGUCAUUAAAAGAAGCUCUUCGUAGUGCCACUGAACGUGAAGCUAAAGCCAAAGAAGCGAUUCCUCCUGCGGUUAAACGCUUCAAAGAAGCCAAAAUUUUACUGGCAAAACUCGAGCGCAAGAGGUUUAUAGCCGAGGAUAAGGUGACUAAGCUAGAAGAUCGUGUUCAGAAUCAACAAAGAAGAUUAGAUAGUAAAUACAGAUCUCUUAAUGAGAGCUGGCAGGUAAACCACAAGAUUGAGCGCCAAAAAUCAGACGAUUUGAGAAACAUUAGGAACAUCGAGUAUGAACUGACGGAGGUGAAGGCAGCCAGGGAGGCGUCCAUGCAGCGCGUUCGCGAAGCGUCGCACCGCGCUGUUGUCAUCCAGUCCGCGCUUCAAAACGCGGAAGACCGAAAGCGCGAGCUUUACUCGCGCAAACGCACGUUGCAGGACAUGUUGGAAAUGUAUCGCAAGCGAAUGAAAGAUCUUGGAAGCACGUGUCAGGAGAAAGGUGCCACUGUAGAAAACAAAUUCCUUCAGAUUAAUUUGAUGGAGGAUUACAUUGCAGAUAGCAACGAACGGUUCGGUCGAGCAGAGAGGAGGCUGUUGCCUCUAAAGAUCUACAUCAAUCAACUACAUGAUGCCAUCGACCAGGCAAGAAACGAAACACGCCAUGCUAGUUACCUUCUGGCCAACUGUCAACAACGGCUUAAAGGACGAAAAUACACCUACUACCCGUUUGAGAAGUAGUGAUGUUUCAAUUGAGCGAGCGUUCAUCUGUAGAAAAACUAGAUUUGAAAAAACCAUGACGAUUAAGCUGAGUAGAGUACCUUUGAAUGGUUAUCGCUUUAAAGUUUCUGGAAUUGCUGAAGUGAAUAGUGCGCUUAGCGUUUCAGCGGAUUUUUCUUUUCUUUUUUUCUCACGUUUAGUCCCCUCUAGUCACGGUGAUUUGUGGUUAAAGAUGCACAGUUAUCGAGCACAAAUGCAGUCAUGGAUGCUGUGCUCGUUUCUUCGAUUUUUAGUCUUGCACUAUGGGUCCAAACGAGAAGCAUCUCACUGUUAUGUUCUGCAGUCUUCCAUAUUUUUCACUCUCUGGAGCCUAGUAUAGGCUGUUGGAGUUCAACCGGGGAGGGGCAAGGGGAACUGAGAGCAAUUUCCGAGGCACAGUUAACUUGCGCUGUAGUGUGGUCAAAGUGGAUUAAGUUAGUUGACGGGAAUAUCAUUUGGUGUCCUAGUUUUUUAUUCAUAGAGAGAGUUUUUACAAAGACAGCUUUAAAAUUCAUAGUAGACCCGCUGGUUCCAGCACAAGUCUUAUUAGUCGUAUUAGUUAGUAGGAUCGUAGUUGAUUUUCAUUUAUUCAUUAUUUUCCAUGAAGUUAACUAAUGACUACAAACUUUUUAGUGUGUAUCUUAUGGAAGAUACUCAAAAUUCUUAGAGAACCAUCGAAACUUUCGAGUCUAACGUAGAAAGUAAAGACGUUCCUCAAUCAUUUUGGUUGUAAAGUUCAUAAUUUUAUACUCACAUGAAGUAGAAUUAGAAACGCUUUUUUGUAUUGUUCAGUUUAGAGGAGUUUGAAGACACGAAUUGCUGGUGAUUUUGCAGAAAUAUAUACAAAGUAUUGGUUCAUGUUAAUCAAAGGCAGUUUUAUUUUUGUACCCAUGUGUUGACAACAUAGUCGGAAAGCGAGAAAUCUGAAUGAAGUAGUUUUCGAAACGCUUUUUUGUUUUGUGCAGUUUAGAAGAGUUUGAAAAACAUUAGGUGCUGUUGAUGUUUGAAAGUGUAGUUUCAUGUGAAUCAAUAGCAGUUUUAUUUUUUUUUAUCUAUGUGUAGACCACAGUCGGAAAGCUAGAAAUCUGAAUCGAUUUGUAAAGCUUAUUUUUUCCCUUCAUUUGCAUGUUAAUAAUAUCACACUCUUUUGUCCUUCGACAAGAAUAUAUUGUUAACGCCCGAAAGAAAAAAAACCUAUUUUUUAACGCGAGGAGUAAUAUAUUUUUCAAAGUAAUUGUAUUUACGUUACAGAUAUUUAUUUUAAAGUUUUGAAAUUAAGUUACUGAUGAAGCUUUGUACGUUUUAUCUCCUGCUUUCAGUUAUUAAAUUUAGCUUUUCCUCAUAACACGUCGUCAAAAAUAUACUGUAUUGGACUUUUUGUUGUGAUGGCAAUUCUUCGGUUGUCGACGUGAGUUGCCGGAACAUUUUCGGACGUUUUCGGAGGUUUAAGUCAUAAUUUGCAACAAUUGUGGCGACGAUUCUACUUUCCACCUGGGGUCUUGAAUAUCAAUGGCAGCAAUCUUGCGUUGGUUUUAGUCGAUUUUAAAAGACCUGGAACAUGAAAUAUAAAAAAAAAAAAAAAAA